AUGGCUUAUAUAGAAUAUAAAGUUUGGCAUUUUCAGGGAGAUGAUGAUAUAGAUCUAAAAAGUCGCCAUAGAGCAAUGAAAGCGGGAUGUAGAUUCUAUACAGUCAAGGCAUUGAUAGACACAUCAUCUAGAGAAAAUUUUAUUAGAAGAAGCUUGGUCGAUAAGCUUGAGAUGGAGUAUACUGAAUAUAAAGAAAAAAAACAGGGAAAAGAUAGACUAGUAUCUACUAAUAGUGAUGAUGUUUUUAAUGAUUUCGUGGUUAUUGAAAAGCCGAAAGCGGACCUUGUAUUAGGAUUACCAUAG